UACAAGAUACCGGUGUCAGAAGAUUAUUCCUUCAUUAGAGCAAUGGCUGGAAGGAGUGAGGUGAGGAGGUGGCAGAGUGAAGGGUUACCCCCAGACCCAUACUCCACAGAAAAUGCCAUACUUGUAAAGAAUGGUCGGCGCUGGCCUCUUCUUAUUGACCCCCACGAUCAGGCCUAUAACUGGAUUCGCCAGAUGGAAGGCAAGAAACUGCGCCAGGUUCUGGCCUCCGACCCUGGCUAUAUGAAGACCUUGGAAAAUGCCAUACGCCUUGGGGAGCCUAUACUAUUACAGGAUGUUUCAGAAGAUUUGGAUCCUAGUUUAAAGCCAGUUUUGGGAAAAGAAAUUCACAGUCGGGCUGGACAAGAUUUUAUACAACUAGGUGAUUCUGAAAUCGUGUACAACCAGAAUUUUAGGCUCUACAUGUCCACCCAGAACCAUAGCCCUCACUUCCUGCCUGCUGUUUGUAUCAUGGUGACUGUGAUCAGCUUUACAGUAACAUUUAAAGGGCUGCAGGACCAGCUGUUGUCCAGCGUGGUAACACACGAGCAGCCCCACCUGGAGUUGCAGAGGAACGAUUUACUGGAGAAUAUAUCUUCUGAUCUAUCCACGCUGCGAGAUCUGGAGGAACGCUCACUCACUUUAUUGCAGAAAACAGAAGGACACCUACUCGAUGAUGAGGACCUCAUUGACACUCUA